AUGGUCUUCUCAGUAGGUCUGCCCCGAAGCAGCGGAGGUCGGUCCUUCCAACGUGACGGCUUCAACAUCUCACUGCCAGACCGGGCAGGAGAGGCCAUGGAGAAGAUGCAAACAAGGAGAUCAGAGGUUCUGAGAAAUCUGGCAGAAGAAGCUCGAGUGAACGGCGACCUCCUACUGGGAGACUUCGAGGACACCUAUUACAACCUCAGUCUUAAAUUAUUAGACACAUUUCAAUUUGCCUCUUUUUUCUGUCUUCCGCAUUUCACCUUUCAAAAACGACUUCCUGUCUUCAUACUCCUUGAUGAUGAUUUCGCCUUCAAUGUAGGCAUUAUGAAGGCCGAACUGAGGGACCUCACUGACACACAAAUACGACGGGUGACUUGGGGACGGCCACAUAAUCAUUUCAAGGUUAGUCGUCCGUUACCCUUAAGGGUCAACUCAAAGUGGUCCGUCUCCAAGCGCGAGGUGCCCUGGCCUAACCACGCGCCGUUUGCCCCCGGCAACUUCUACGUCAUUGGCGCUGAUGUUCUCCAGGAAAUAGCAUUAACCAUGUACUUUACUCUGCAGCUUCCAAUAGACGAUGCCUGGUUAGGCUUGGUCAUGUCAAAGUUGGAUCUCCACUUUCAGUCUCGUCCACAUAUGUACAAAAAAGUGCCGAGGGGUGUUAGAAAGGAUUUGGUUCUGUUUGCACCCCUUGACUACCUCUAG